AUGACCACGAAAAAGCCGCCAGCAAAGGAGGUGCCUGAGGUGGUCUACGAUGAUAAAGGAAGCAAUCAAAAGGAAAAGAUGGCCCAAGAGAUCACCAUUCAUCGUGACCUUUGUCAUCCACAUGUUGUACGCUUGGACGGAUACUUCGAAGACCCGGACAACAUCUACAUCUUGUUGGAACUCUGUCCAAGGCGGUCACUAAUGGAAUUGCACAAACGACGUGGAGCUCUCACGCCGCCAGAAGCCCGUUACAUGACACUGCAAAUAGCCGAGGGAAUCGAGUACCUUCACGCGAGAGCCAUCAUUCAUCGGGAUCUCAAGCUCGGAAAUCAAGUUUUUUGGGUUAAAAUUGGUGACUUUGGCUUGGCAACGACGAUGGAAAAAGGAGACGAUAGGAAGAAAACUUUAUGCGGCACGCCGAACUACAUUGCGCCUGAGGUUUUGGAGAAGACCGGUCAUGCGUUUGAAGUGGACGUAUGGGCUUUGGGUUGCAUUCUCUACACUCUUCUCGUCGGCACACCACCAUUCGAAACGAAGUCACUUCAAGAAACAUAUCGACGCAUCAAAAGCAAUCAAUAUCGCAUCCCAUCUACCAUCGGAAACACAGCUGCAAAGGUGAUCCGGGAACUUCUAGCUGCAAAUCCAGCUAGUCGACCAAAGAUUGCAGAAGUGAAAAAGUAUGCCUAUUUUGCCGAAUACACACCAACACAUCUACCCACAUCUUGUCUCACGUUGCCUCCAAAGUUUUCAAAGAUGUCAAGCGAUUGUUAUGCACAGGAACUCUUCAAUAAACUGCGUGCAACUCUACUCAAGGGUGGAACACGCAACAUUGCUCCGAUUGAAGAUUUGGCUGAAGCACCGGAGUGUAUGCCUGUCUUUUGGGUCAGCAAAUGGGUGGACUACUCCGAUAAGUAUGGCAUCGGAUAUCAACUAUGUGACAACUCGGUUGGCGUUCUCUACAAUGACAAUUCACGUUUGGUGCUCGAUGCUGCUGGUCUCAACUUGCAAUACGUUGAACGGGACAACUACGAGGAAUACUUCAUGAUGAACAAGGACUUGGAGCGAAUGAAACAUUUGGAGAAGAAAACGACUCUACUCAAAUUCUUCCGCGACUACAUGAACCAACACCUCCUGAAAGCUGGAGAGAAAUUUGCACCAAAGGAAGGUGAUGAGCUGGCUCGUCUCCCAUGUCUUCGCAGUUGGUUCCGCACUGGCUCAGCGAUCGUUUUGCACCUCACAAAUGGCACGCUACAGAAAAAUACA